AUGGAGCCACGCGACGAUGCCGACGACCCACCCACCGUAGGACCUUCGCGUCGCAGAGGCCUUGGCUUCUUCCCCGAACCUGUCGUCAUUCAGUCGAGCCCAUAUUCUGGUGGCGAUGAUUUCGAUGAAGCCAACAGUCGACCACGACCUUCACGGGGUGCCUCCGUCCGCGUCCCGCAGAGUUACUCAUCGUGGGAAGAGUGGAAGGCUUGGAACACGGGACAUGCCUCAACUCUUUCGCACAAGCCUCCGCCCGUGUUUGUGCGGCCUGACGUCGUCAAAACAGGGUUCGAGCAAGGUGAAGAGGAAGGAUUUGGGGUUGACGUCGAGAUCAAGUGCGAUCAAGACCCAAAGACCACUGCAAUUCAAGAGAAAGGGAAGAUGCCAGGCAGUGACUUGGCCAAUUGGUACCGGAAUCUCGCAACCAGGGCCACCUCGAAGGGUUGUCCUCCUGAGGUAGAAGUGAAAGAAGAGCCCGACGCGCCUGAUUUUCUGCCUGCCGCACCCUCCUCAGCUCCAUUGGGGGACUCUGUCAUCGACGUCAAGCCGGACACAAAGCCCUUGCUGUCGCCCCCACCCUUGGCCUCAAUCACGCACGGUCUCUCAGCUGAGGGUAACUCGCAGCCUGCUGUGACUUCAUCAGCAUCGCACUCAGGUUUGUCCACACCCGCAGCUCGCGCUUCUCCUGCACCGCUGCGCAUUCCCGCAUCGGAGUGGUUCAUUCGGCGUGCCCUUGCCAAGAAGCAUGCUGCGGCGCCAGACUCGGCGCCGCCGGCGCCGAAGAGCUCCUCUUCUAUAGGAGGAAUGCUUAACAUCGCCAGUGCAUCGACGCGACCACCCCCUCGACCGUCAUACGCCAUCGGGCCCGACAAUGUGGGGUACGCUCGGUUGUCGAAUCUGGGUUGGGGCGGGGGCGGCCUUGGUCGACCGCAAGACCCUUCCCCGGGCAGCAAUCGACCCCGCACCUUGACACCUGAGGGAUCCGGGCGCUCCAGAUCACGAUCUCCAGAUUCACGAGCGUCGCUCGAGGCGCUUUCCGCCAAUGAUGAGCUGGAGCUCGCAGCUCUGGAAGACGAGGAGGGACGACCAUCAGGUCCUGGGCGGACGGAGCCCGUCGCGACUGCCCUGAAGCUCGACCGCAGGGGACUAGGCAGCGGCAAAGCCGACAAGAAGGUCACACACACACACGCCGAAAUCCGACGUGCGCAGCGGCGGGCCGGUCGUGAGAAGGGCGAGCAUCAACAUGCGGCGAAGAGCAAGGUGAAGUGGGCGCAGAAAGACAAAAAGGAGCGCGAGGAGCGCAAGCGGCUGCUAGCGGCUCUGAACGCUUAG